AAAAAAAAACGAGAGCAGUAACUGACAGCUAUCUUGGGGCAGAAGGAUCCUGAUGUGGCAAAGCUGUCAGAAAUUAAUCAACUAUCUCUCUACUUCUCUCUUUCUCUUAAGUAGACAAACUUUAAAAAAGAAAAACGUUCAGUCAUUUUCUCUGUGUGCUAAGGCUCGUGAAGUACCACCAUACACAUUCAUGACUGAAAGGAGAAAGAAGAGAACCAGGAGGCAGGGGUGGCCACCUGCAUGCUCUCUUUCUUCCUGGAGACGAAAACCUUGGGGUUUUGGAUACUGUUGUCACUGUGUUUUUUUAAAGGCUGUAAAUGUUAGAAAUGGAGAAUGACGUUUUGAUCCUUCCACACCGAUUUUGGGGAUUUCCUGAGAAAAGAGCAGAUCAACAUGGUCAAUUUUACACGAAGAGAUUCUGUUCAGAGGGAAAUGAUGGGAGGAAAUCCAGCUUGGGAAGGCAUGGGAAAAUCCAGAUGGUAAUGAGAAAUAAUCCAGAUGGGGUGCAGGUGCUGUAAAAUGAUACAAAGCUAUCUCUUUGAUCCAGUUCAAGUGCCCUCCCCUGGCUAUGUCAAUGAAGUAAACAGCUGCAAGUUAGAUGAAGACCACACUGUGAAGUUAAAGGGCAAGCAGAGCAGCCAAGUCCUGGUGCAUAAAAAUGACCUUCAGAGGGAGAGCUUGAAGAGGACUGAGAGCAGGGGCAGAACAGCUGGUCCACAGGAGCCCUGCUGGUCUCACCAAGGGCUGCUCCCUCAGGGGGAUGCAGGAGGCGGACACUGUGCAGGGAAGACUGAUGGAGCCAUCAAUGGCAUCAGCCCGACUGCUGCUCUGCAGCCCACCGGGACUCUCUGGCCCCACCAGGAUGACCGGGGCUCCUGGGCCAGUACUGCAAACAGCAUCCACCCAACCCAACCCUUCCUUGAAGGAGGGGGCUCCAGGAAAUGGGACUGCAUGCACCCAGCCUCAGAAGAGACCCAAGUCAUCCAACAUGGAGACUCCAGAACACCGGCUAAGGCUGAACGUCUUGACUUAGAAGUACAAGACCAUGUCCUCCAGAUACCAGCCCCAGAUUACCCUCAGAUUUGGGGCCCUGCUGCACACAACACUGGCCAUGAAGAAAAGGAUUGCCUUUUUCAGAACCCUGCUAAGGAUGAGUCCCCGGAGGGAAUUCACCCCAGAGUAGGAAAGCAUGGUUUGAAUAUUCCCUUCUCCAUGAAGAGAAGUUGGGAUUCAUUAAAUGAAGCUGUGGCAACGGAAGUUCUAAAUGUCUGCUUCAAAGAGAAGGAUCCUGCUCAGGCCCUGCCUGUGGUGGACUCAGGACCCCGGUGGGAGGGCACCCAUGGCUCCAGCCAAGGCAGGGAUGGGGAGAUGGGGGACGAGGACGCGGCCGUGGCAGAAGCCCUUGCGGCUUUGGAAGCUGCUACUGCAGGAGAAGAUGUGGAUGAGGCAGAUUAGGGGAAGGAUCUGUGCAGGCACGUAAGUUAGUGUCCUGCUGAGCAGGUGGAAAUCCUUCGCUCCUUAGACGCGGAGCUGAUCAUGGCACCAGCAUGGCCUGGUGCUGCCUUACCAGGUAUCCACACCCAACGUCUGUUCCAAUUGCCAGUACCUGUGCCGUUAUGCUUGUUAAAUACUUGGAGCAUUGCUCCAUGCAGAUGGGCCAUCACUCAGGACACUAGAAUAAGAAUCUGCAUGGGCCUUUGGGCCCAAGUCCACGGGCCAUGCGGAAAGUAAGCAGAUGGCUUGCCAAGCUUCAAAGCUCUCCGGAACAUCUGUACAGAUGUUCACAGGAUUGCUCUGAAACCCCAACAUUUAGUCCCAAGAGCACACAAUCACAUGGCAUUCUGUUUGAAUUACCUUGCUUUUUGAGAGCCAAACAUUGUACCCAGCCCAGAAAAGGUAACUCCCCCACUUAAAGUGCCUAAUGUGUCCCCAGAGCAUGGCUUAACCUCAGGGACAAUAACCCAGGGAACUAACAAUUAACCACUUGUUCGACAGCGGCAUGAACUCUACAGCUUUCAGGGUGGAGGAGAAGGUGCCGGUAGACAAAUGACAAGUCAUUAGUUGUGAUGGGUUGUGAUGUGCAAACACCUUGACCUUACCAUUUUUAUAUUGUUACUUUUUCAUCUCCUUUGGGAUGGGGGAAGCCCGCCAAAAUCACCCCUAAAACUGUGUGCGUCAUAUUUGGAGUUGAAGUUGAUGAGUUUGGGAACAGGAGAGCCAUGUAUGGAGAGUUUUUACGCCAUUAAACAUCUGAUUCUGAUGAAACUAUA